AUGGUCCUCGUUGCCAUGUCGCUGCCCUCGGGGCCAUUCCCCGAACUCGCCUAUCCGGUCAUUCCCUUUCCAGUUCUUGCGAUUGGCACCAAGCUUGCCUUCCUCUCCGGCCGAAGUACAUACCGCUUUCAUUCCCUUCAUCAGUCCUACGGCAACAUCGUCCGAUUUGCCCCCGGUCAAGCCACCACCAACACCGUCAAAGCCCUGCGUCAGAUCUACAGCACCGGCACGGGCAAAGGCGCUGCAUUCCUGAAAACUAGCUUCUACCGAAACAUCUCCCGGCGCAAUAUCUUCACGGCUGCAGAUCCCGUCUACCAUGCCUCGGUUCGCAAGCUGUUCGGGCCCUCGUUCACCCCUGGCUCUAUGCAUGCCCACGCCGGGGUCAUCCGCGAGUGCAUCCUGCGCUUGCACGAAGUCAUCCGAGACAAACUUGAGACGCACAACACUAUUUCGCUGAACGAGCUCCUCUACUGCCACUCGGUAGACACCGUCUCCGAGGUCCUACUGGGCAAGCCACUGGGCUGCCUGAAACGCGGCAAGCCAUACUUCUGGACCGAGCAGCUGCCGCGCAUCUUCUACUGGGCAACCAUCCGAGACCAAUUCGAGGGCUCCGGCAUCCCAACCGCAAUCAAGUGGCUGCUGCGGCGGUUUCUGCGCAAGGGGAUCCGACUUCGCGCGGAGCAAGCCCGCAUGCGACUCAUCAACGAACAACUGCAUGCACCACACACCCGCCGCGACAUCAUGGUCGAGGUGAUGGAGCGAUCGGGGGGCAGCGAGCUCCCUGAAGACGAGAUCGCCGAAAACUUCUCAGCGAUCAUGCUGGCGGGGUUCCACACGACGCAGAACGCCCUCUGCGCGGUCAUUUACUUGGUGCUGACCCACCCGGAGGCGCAUGUGAAGCUGGUGCAGGAGUUACAGACGGCGUUUGCGUCCGCGGACGAUAUCUCGGGGGAUGUUGCGGCGCAGCUGCCCUAUCUCAAUGCCGUGAUUACGGAGGCGCUGCGCUUGUAUCCGCCGGUGCCGUUGGGGGGCCCGCGUGUUUCGCCUGGGGCGUAUGUGGAUGGGGUGUAUAUCCCUGCUGGGACGGAGAUCUGCACGUCCUUGUUUGCGCUGCAUCACAAUCCGGAGUACUUCAGCUCUCCCUACGAGUUUCUCCCGGAGCGAUGGACGGAGCCAGGAUCGACAGACCGGAAAGAGGCGGUCCAGCCAUUCCUGAUCGGAAGUCGGGCCUGUAUUGCCAAGUACUUUGCCAAACAGAUGCUCCAAUUGACUCUAGCCGGCUUCUUCUUAGAGUUUGAGGCCGAGCAUGUGGGCAAAGUCAGGGACUGGCAGCGGCAAUCUCGGUGUUACGCCUUUUGGGACGUGCCGGACCUCCAGGUGAAACUGCGCAAGAGAUUGAUUGACUGA